AGAAGACAGUUCAACUUACACUCAGUAUUGUGUCAUAUAGAGGUGGUCACUAAUUCCAAUAAACAUUUUGAAGUUCAAGAAAUUCAGACAAGAUGGCUGCUGGCAUACGAUCGACAGUGCUAAGGGCGCUCAAAGCCGUGUCUGUCGAGCCUGUGAUGCUAGUGGACGGAGCGUGCAAUCAAGCCAUGCUUCUCUUCAUCGAGAACGUUCAGAUGAACAAAAUUUGUUCCAUCAAUCUUGGCCUCCCUGAUCAGGUGUGCAACAACCUGUCUGAACAUCCCGAGGAGGACAUUUUAGUUCAGAGAGAGUUCAGCGUCUUCGCCUUCUACAACAGCAUCAUCAUGUCUAUCAUUCCCCUCAUCUUUGUGCUCUUUAUGGGAGCUUGGAGUGAUAAAUACGGAAGGAAGGUUCCUUUGCUGAUGACGCUGAUUGGCCAUGUCAUGUACGCCGGGGGAUAUCUUUUGAGCAACUGGCAGACGUCUUGGCCCGUCGAGGUCAUCUACUUCGUCACCGUCUUGGAGGCUUUGGGCGGCGGCAACGUGGGCCUCUUGUCUACCACCACCAGCUACAUCUGUGAUAUUUGCCCCGAGAAAACUCGCACCUCUCGAGUCAGCACAGCUAACUCUCUGUGGUACCUCGGGGGUCCUGUGGGCACCCUGGUUGGGGCGUUGGUUAUCAAGUACGGCGGCUAUAACUUGGCUCUCCUGCUGGUUCUGCUGGCCUACCUCUUGGCCGUCCUGUACGUGGUGUUCGUCAUCAAAGAAUCGCACGGACCUUUCGCCAAGACGGAUUUGCAGGCCCACGAAUCAGCCAAGCAAGAACCAAGUCCCGACGGCAAGGGUGUGUCCAAGCUGCGCAUGGCGUCCGAUUUCUUCAACUGGCGGCGUGUAGUCGAGUCCUUCAAGACGGCGUUCAGACAGCGCGAGGGCAACGCUCGCAUGUUCAUCAUGGCCAUCAUCCUCAGCAACAUGCUCCGUCGCGUCGCUAGAGGUUUCUUCAUGUACAUGUUCGUGCGUCGCGCCCUGUCCUGGGAGGCCACCGACUACGGCUACUGGGUCACCUAUCGGAACCUGCUUGCGGCCAUCGGUUCGCUAUUUCUGGUGCCGAUCCUCACCAAGAUGUUGUCUUUCACGGACGCCUCGCUGGCCGUGCUGGGCUCCUUAUCCAUCAUGGGCGAAUAUGUGUGCUAUAGUCUUGUCAACGGCGUGUCUCAGGCGUUCCUCAUGUGGCUGGGACCUCCCGUCGGCGCUAUCUCCAAUGCCAGCGUCAUCGCUUUCAGAUCCUUGUCCACCAAACUUGUCAGCAAAGAGGAGAAAGGUCGCAUCAGUGCAGUCAUGGCCGCCAUGAACGGCCUGAUGCCUAUGGUCGCCUAUGCCGCCUAUUCCCCCAUUUACUACAAGACAGUCGACACUUUACCAGCUGCCCAGUUCUUCUUCGGGGCCUCACUCAACGUGCUUAUCAUGAUCAUAUUCAUAGCCAUCCAGCUGAUGAGCGUUUCGUCUUCUUACGAAACAAAGGACUUAGAAUCCGGUGACAAAAAGGACAAGAAUCUUUUCAAGGAAUUCAGGAACAAAUCCACAGUCACACUGAAAUCUAUUGUAAGGACUCUUAGCGGCCCUAUAAGCGAGACGCCCUCACACAAAGCCAGGCAGUAUGAGAAAAAUAAGAUCCAGUCGUCAGCUACUAACGAAGGAAAGGGAGAAGAUGUGAGCGUGGCGUAUGAUUUUCCAGUUGACAAAAUUGAUAAAAAAUUAUCUCCGAUUCAUGGAGAGAGUGACUGUGAAGCAAGAGAUCACAGUCGCUGUGGAGUAAAUAGGGAAGAAACCAGUUGUUAUUCCAACAAGAUGAGUGAUGCGCAGAUCACCGCCUCGGAGACUCCUUGA